UUAGUUUAGUUUCCGGGUCUUUUGCUGUGACGUCUUUGUUGUGAACUCGGUUUAGUCCACCAUCAAUACCUCCACCUCAUCCCUGGAGAUUCUUAAACCCCGUGAGGAACCAAAGAGAUUACAGUUGAAAUUUCUCCUGAAGUGUCCCUGGUCCAGUUUCCAGGUUGGAGGGUUGCAGGUGGUACUGGAUGGGCCAGCUGUGGAUGCUUUGGGCCAGUUACCAGCACUCUUUGGGCCUGCAUGUGGAGCAUCAGUGAAAUAUGGCCAGCAACUUCCGGAGCUACAUCUGGGACCCGGUCCUCAUUAUCUGCCAGAUUGUGUUGAUGCAGUGCAUCUACUACAGCUUCCUCGGCCUGUGGUUGGCUGGCGUGGACAGCCUUGUGCAGAGCAGUCGCUCCCUAGAUCAGAUCUUCAGCUAUGAAGUCCUUGGUUUUGCUACCAUGCAGGGAAGGCUCUCGAUGAUGGCGUUUAUCUUGAACUCUCUUACCUGCGCUCUGGGUCUGUGGUUCUUCAUCCGCCGGGGGAAGCAGUGCCUGGACUUCACCGUCACCGUUCACUUCUUCCACAUGAUCGGCUGCUGGAUCUACAACUCCCACCUUCCCUCGCUCUCCUGGUGGCUCGUCAACGUGGCGUGCAUCGCGCUGAUGGCCGUGAUCGGGGAGUACCUGUGCAUGCGGACUGAGCUCAGGGCCAUCCCGGUCAAUACUGGACCCAAAUCGAACCUGUGAACUGUUCAGAUGUUUUUAAAACCCGAGGAACUCGCUGAUAAGGUUGUUUCCCUUGUUUAUAAGCCUGCGUGAACAGACGGACUGAAUAGUUACGAGUCUUAUAAGGUUUCCUCCAGCUGACUGGAUAUUUAUUCGUAGCUGCUUAUUAAAUGUUUGACAGUAUUUUCUGUGUUUAUAAUGUUUUUGAAAGCACACCAUCAUCCCUACAGCUGAUUACAGUUUGUACUUUGAUUCAUGUUGAUGUAUUUAUCAUCAUGAUACUCUGUGUCCACAUUAUCAUCCUGUCUCAGUUCCUUCUUCUCGUUCAUGGUGUAUAAAAUGUAGAAUAUAGUCGUUUUUACUCCUGUACAUCCUGCGCCCCUUGGAAUAAAGUCCUGAACUCUCAGGGUUCUGGUUAAUAAAGUAACUAUAAAGUUCCUAGCUUAUUGAUGGGUCUCUCAACAGCCACAUAAUUUAGUAGCAAGAAAUUAACACUUGAAAAUUUGGCACCACAAUGAGUCAUAUUCAUCGUUUUAACACCUUUAAAGUGAGAUGAAUCCUGUAAAUUCAACUGAAAAACGAUCUGCAGAAGCUCCAAUAACCAGGUUGCAUAAAUGCGUUCACCGUUAAGCUAAUGCUUUGUUGAGGCUUCUGAUUCUGUCAGCAAAACACAUCUUUACUAGGUGAUAUUUGCAAUGCUCUCUAAAUGUACCUGGUCUCUGGUCCACAGUUGUCUUCAUGUGGAUCCACAGAUUUUUCUGUCGGAUUUAGAGGAUCAGCGAAACCACAAAUCACCGAUCGGUUUUUAUCUGGCUACACCGCUCUAUUUUUAAUUUAAAAAUGUGUUUGGAUUCACUGUGGAGCUGAAAAGUGUCAUCUCUUCAUAUGUAUUUGUAUUUAUCCUACUUGACAAAAACACCCAUUUUAUCUGAAAACGUAACCCCGGAGCAUGAUGCUUCCUCUACUCUGUUUCACAGGGGGCCAAACGUGUUUUCCAGAUAUGUGACCCCGAAGUUCCAGUUUGGUUUAAUCAGAUUACUUCACAUUCUCCCAUAAGGCUUAGAGGUUUUUCAUCCACACUUCACAGGCCAGUCAUCUGAUGACUGUCAGCCUCCCUGACUGGUUUACUUCUUGUGGUUUCAUCAAUUUUUGAUCAAAUGUCCAGUUUUUGUCACACAUUUUCUCUGUAGAUGAGUAUCUUUACUGUGUCAUUACAUACAGUCCAUAAUGCUAGGACUAAUCUUGUACAUUUUUUAUGUUAGAAAUCAAACAUUUUAAGACUGAAAUCAGAUUUGGUUUUGCCAGUCGAGAUUAAAGUGCAUAUUCAGACUCAUCGCAGGACUUUCUUGUUAAGCUUGCGCUGCAUUUUUCACAGCUAUUAUUGUUUGGCUUUGGGUCUGCAUGUAUUUAUGUAUUAUGCAGAACAGUCUGGCCCGUUUAGGGACAGUUUGUCAGCCAUCAUCUGAGCUCUGACAACAGGGAAUACGACGGGGGGGGGGGGAAUACAUCAACGUUUUCUAGAGCAGCGCCUCCGUAAUGCUUCUGAGACUCCAGCUGAAUUUUUCAGUCUUGAGAUGCAAACUCAGAUGAUCUCAGUCUGGGGUUUGCAGCUUUGAAAGUGCAGACUAUGCAAUGUUUUAGUGUAAUUAGAGAGCUGUUUCCCAUUUGAUCAAUAUGGACAAGACAUGAAAUCUCUGAGUUGGAAGUUGUAGGGUUUUUCUGUGCAGAACAGCGAAGUGUUGGUGUUUUCAAAAAUGGGGUUUUAUAUUGUUGGCCAACAGAUUCGUAACUAGUGCUGGUGUCAUCUCAAGUAGUAAGAUGCUAAAGGAUUUCACACUAUGUUUUUACCUUAAGGUGGGUCAUUUAAGGUUAAUGCAAGAUUAUACACACAUUUAGACACAUUUGAAUAAAAUAUUGGUUGUUAAUAAUGGUAAUUAUUUAAAAUGUUUUUAAGUUUAUUAGAGCCAGAUGUAAAAAGAACACUUUCUAUAGCUUGUCCAUAUCACAGCUCAUCAUUUGUAAGUGACCAAACCUGGAGAUAUAUGGAGAGAUAUUAGAUCUUUUAUGUUUAUUUGAUGUACUGACUGGAUCAUAUGAAACAUUUGUCAUUAUCAGUAAAUAGAGAAGCUAUUUAGAUAUUUAGAUGCUACCAUAUAAGUUAGCGUCUCAUUGUGGGGGCCAAUGCUGAAGACCUUACGGUUCACACAUUAAUGUUGUGCUGCAAAGAAGUCCUUAAAACGUCUCAUUUAGAUUUGCUCUAAUGAGAGACAAAUAAGUUACAGUUCGUUUUCCAUUUGCAAGGCAUUUUUACAAUCAUUUUUUAAAAUAAAUAUCAGCAUGUUUGAAUUGAUAGUGUGUAUUUUUUGUCUACUUGAGGUUGGAUUUCAAUAGAUACAGAAUCAGGAAAUUACCAGACAAUUUUUUUAUGUUAAAAUCAUACAAUAAGUAGAGAGCGUACUUUGUUUUUACCACAAUGUGUUUGCCAGGAAGCGUUAGUCGAUGUUCUGAGCUAAACAUGCUCUGGUGCAGUUCAGUGAUCUGUCCCUGCUUUUCCUUUUUAAGUAAACAGAAUAACAUCCAGGAUGUGGAGCAAGUUUCCUCCUGCAAAAUGCAACAAAUGUACCAGUUACUAAGCAAAAGAGCAGUUUCAACUUUGAACUUCUUAAAAAAAAGAGAGAUUUUGGAGUAGCCUAGUCUAGUCAAAGUCCCAAAUGAGAUUUAGAUGCUGAGUGAUGUAAAGCAGGUCAAAAACGAACCAUUGUGACUGAAUUAAAACAGUGCAGUGAGACGAAAUCCUCCACAUUGAUGAGAAAUUUAAAAUUUUUUCCUGGCAAAUGUUUGAUGGCAGUUUUUCCUGCCAAAGGUGGAAGCAGUUGUUAGGUCAGGUGUCAUUUAUAUUUUAUACAGAAUUUUUCUUAGUACGUUAUGAUUUUAAAAGGUUUUCGUCUCAACUUAAGAGAAGAAGGUUGAAAAGUUUUGGAUUUACAGAAGCAUAGCCCCAAAUAAGAAGACCAUGCAACUUGCAGUCAUCACCAAAUGAGAUAUUUUUUGAAAAGAAAACUUUUUUUGUAUAUAUUAACACCUACUGAUCUUUCCAUUCAUAUGACUCAUUGCUGCUGCUGCAGUAUUUGUUCACCAGGAACGGCCUGGAAAUCUAAUUAUGUUCCAGACAAAGAUAGUUUCUCUAAUGAGGUGCGCAUCAUGAACAUGUCGUUACCUCUUAAGAGGUUUUUCCACUACAGGCCGUGAUCCGUCACUUUGCCUCUGCAGGACGUAUCCAGGUGGAAAGCAGCAGAUGGGCGAGCGCUAACGAGUGAAAACUAAAGCUAUUUGUGAUCCUCAUUACCAGCUCACUGCUGGAUGAGAAACUGAGACGGUGUGAUGAAGAAGUUGCAACAAAUUUUACUGUAAUGUCCUGAAAACAACCUAAACAUUAAUGCACACAAAAAGUCUUGUGUUUAAUAUUUGUGCUUUAUUGUUAUAGUUACUACAUUUUUCCAUAUAUUGCUUUACAGAGUUUUGUAAAUGUGUAAAAAAAAAAAAAAGAAAAAAGAGAGAAAACAUACUGAACAUUUUUUUUUACAUUCAGAAGUUCUUCCUAUGAUUAAACUCUCUUCAAAACUUAUUGUACUUUUACUGUGUGCAUGAUCACGAUCAUUUUCAUGCUUUCAUCAAACGCAUAUGAAGGGAUAAAGAUUCUCUCCCAUGAUAUUGCUCAUGCUUAAAGAAGAUGACUGUUUUUCUGUGUUUCACCACCAGGCACACAAUGGAUGGACAUGAUAUUUACUCUUUUAAAACGUUAAAUAAGUCGAAUCAACUAGAACAAACAUGCUCAGGAGAUAACGAGGCGACAGGAGUGGGGAUAGUACAAAUCUGCGUAACAAAGGAUGCUGUUACAGUUCAUGCACAGGCCACCUUACGUGACGUCCAAGCUAAAAUCAACUGUUUUUCUGACACCUGGUCAUAAAAUAUCAUGCGAGGAAAAACAAAAUCAGUUGCAGACACCUGGUAGGACCAUCUGUACUAAAAGAAAUAUGCACAAUUUUGGUCUAAUUUGAGCAAACGCAUGUUAAACAGGUCACUGUCACUUGCUUCCUUUUGCAGUGGUAGAAGAAUAAAAAAAAAA